AGAAAUUCGGAAACGUAACUCAAUCUUAAUAAAUAUGACGAAGAGAAAGCUUUCAGGUGGAGAGGCGGCACCCGCUGAGGAACCUGAGGCGGCGGACGUCCAGGAGGAAGAGGAGGAGCCAGCGAUGUACGCCCCGGGGCCAGUCGACAUGAACCCCCUACAAUUUUUGAUUGCGCCCACGGAGUUGUCAACCUUCUCCUCUGAGUACUGGGAGAAGAAACCGUUGCACAUCCCUGCUGAUGAAGAGCGUAAGAACUUUUUCGACGGCCUCUUUGACUUUGAUGAGCUAUGCAAAGUUUCGGAUGCACUGGAGGCGGGAGUGAUGCUCCUCAUGGACCAAGAUCCUGGACCCAAGGGAGAUGCGCUUUCCUUUGAGGACGACGUGGACGAUCAGAUGGUUCGCGCCAUUGGCCCGCUGGUGUUUGGCCGGGACGUGGUGGCGGUGCGGUACGUCGACGGCGAGCGAGAGACCCUUGCCGGCGAGUUUGCUGACAGCGACACGCUCCGCACGCUCCACGAGACUGAGGGCGCCACGCUGCAGCUGCAUCAACCUCAGCGUUUUGUUAAUGCGCUGUGGCGGCUGGUGGCGGCAUUGGAGGCGCAGUCAGGCUGUCUGGUCGGCUGUAACGCUUACGUCACACCUGGCGGUGGCCAGGGCCUGGCGCCCCAUCACGAUGACGUUGAGCUGUUUGUUUGCCAAACCAAGGGUUCUAAGAAGUGGCGGCUCUACAAGCCCGUCAACGACUUUGAGCUCCCCAGCAAGGUCUCUGGAGACCUCCCGCAGGACGAGCUAGGGGAGCCGAUUCUGGAGGUGACGAUGAACCCUGGUGACGUCCUCUACGUGCCCCGCGGGAUUCCACAUCAAGCUGUUGCGCAGGAGGAGGGCUCUUGCCAUUUGACCAUUUCGACGUAUCAGCGGUGGACCUGGGGCGAUCUGGCGGUCAAGCUCCUGGAGACGGCGCGUGAUGCCCAGGGCUCCUCCCCUGCGAGCGCACUGCCCCUGGAGCUCCGUAAGGGCCUUCCGUUGGGCCUUAUCUUCAAGCACGGCAUUCAGGCGGAGAUGAUGGCAGCGGACAGCGCCGCUGCCGCCGCCGCCGCCCAUGGUGACGCGGCCGCUCUGGCGGCUGGCUUGCGGGCCCUUGCUGCCCAGCUGGAGAAGGGCCCCACGGAGCUGCUGGCGCCGGCUGUAGAUGAACUAUCGCUGGACUUCCUCGUCCACCGCAUGCCUCCACAUCCCUGCCAGCUACCGGACCCUGGGGAGGAGCCUGGCCUGGAGGACUCGUUGGUGUGCCGGGGCAAGAAUCUAUUCCGCAUCGUGCCGUACGAGGAUGAGGACGAGGAGGAAAAUGAUAGCGACGAGGAGGAAGACGAGGAUGAGGACGACGAGGACGAGGAGGGUGCCGGCGGCAAGAAGGAACCUCUGGUCAAGCUGGUGACGUGUCUUGGUAACAGCCGCUUCACACACAUGAUAUCGUCGCGAUCUGAAGACGAGGAGGAGUCGGAUGAUGAGGGGCACCACGAGCAUGGCCCGGGGCUCUGCGGUCCACUGUGUGGGGCGUCUGAGAGCGACGAUGAAGAGAUGGGCGAAGGGGAGGAGGAGGAGAAGGAAGAAGAGGGGAAAGCUGGAAAGGGUAAGAAGAGCGCGAAGAAGAGCGGGAAAGAGGAGGGUGAGAAGGAGGAGAAGGUGGCCAAGGACAAGGAGGAGACGAAGGGCGAGAAAGAGAAGCAGGAGGAGAAGGAGGAAGAGGGUGAUGAGGAGCCCGAGAUCAUGGACGUCGAUGAGGAUGAAGAUGAUGACGAGGGCGAGGAUGGCAGCGGCGGAGAGGAUGAAAGUGACGACGACGAGGAGGAAGAAGAGCAGCUGCAGGGCCCCAUAUUCCCCGCCGUUUACGCUGCGGCGUUAGCGGAAGUCCUUUCGGCCACUGCCGACAAGCCUCUGCCGGUCAAGAAGCUUCAAGUACCUGGAAAAGAUUCCGACGAGCAGCUGCAGCUGGCCCGUUUGCUGUACCAUGGCGGGUUCGUGAUUACCGUGCCAGGCGCCAAGCAGACGGAAGAGGAGGGGAAGAAGGCGUCGAAGGAGAAGAAGGCUGCUACGGAGAAGAAGGCUGGCGGGAAGAAGGCCGCGGCGGCGGACAAGGAGACGAAGGAGGAGGAAGGGGCGAAGCCCAGUGAGGACAAGAAAGACGAGUUGCCAAAGAAGGCUGGCGGGAAGAAGGCGGCUGCAGCGGCUGGUAAUGAGGAGGGCGAGGCGAAGGAGAAGAAGGGCCCGACGCCACCCGCUAAGAAGGCCAAGAAGGCCAAGUGAAGUGACGUGACAGCUAGCUAAGAAAUCUGUCUACAUGGAAUGUAGGUUGUUUGAUGGAAGCGGGAGCGCCAUAGCGACUGGGGGCACAGAGGGUGAUGCGCGAUAGAGAGGGAACGCUGACUUGAGCAGUGGACAAUGCCGCAGGCGGAACCAAAUAAACAAACAAAAAGUCAGUUGCCUUGCGCCAAAGUAUCUUCCUGGGGCGGCUAGUUAUUGCGUUACCUGUUUUUUUUACCUGGCAUUUGCAUUGCUCCUCAAUCUUGGAGGUCCGUUGCGCAAGCAACAAAAUGUUUUAAUGCCACCCUGAUCUAUUACUGCAUGCGACGCGUGGCGCAGCGCAAGCGUACUGGAUACGGUGAAGUGUGCAUGUUAGCCCAGUUUGAGACACCCAAUAAAGGUUGCUGGGGAUGUGGAAUAGCCAGCGAGUUCUUGCUGGUGGAGAGGCAAACGAGAGGUAAAGACGUGAGGUUAAGAGAUGUGUUUUUUUGUGAAAAUGGCGUUACAGUAGACCGGGCCGGAAGUAAAUAUUAAGAUGAACUCGGACAGUAACGGCCAGGUUAGUUCCAAAAUGCCCGGAUAUACUCUCCUGCCUCUAAAAUCUUAACCUUUAUG